AUGGAUCUGGCUAAUCUGCCGGGCUCAUCGUCUCAGGAGAUAGGAUCGGAGGUCGCAAGGUCUCGGGUGAUCGGAUCGGAGGAUAUAAGGGUGGAAGACAUAGAGGGAAAGGAUACUAAACAAGUUAAGGAGGCGAUUUUAUCGCAGAGUUGGGUGUCAAAGGCGCAUGAUAACAAAAUUCUGAGAAAGUAUGAGGUCGAGGUAUCAACUAAGGAUGGAAAAAACAAGGUGGAGAUCCCGGAUGAGGUUAUCACUGAUUCUACCCCGUUAUGGGAUGAUUUUGUGGUUGGAAAAUUUUUAGAUAUUUCUCCACAUCCUGCAAAGGUUCAUGUGCUUUUAAGCAAGAUCUGGAAGUAUGGGGAAAUCAACUCGAAGGUGGAGGUGUAUGUGGUGAACGCAGCUACUAUGAGAUUUAGAGUUUCGAAUCCCAAAGCCCGUGAAAAGAUUCUUAACAGGGGUAUGUGGAAUGUUGUAGGAGUUCCAAUGGUGGUCACCAAAUGGUCACCAAAAACUGAGGAAGAGAAGCAAGAGGAAACUGAGUUUCCUAUGUGGGUACACUUGAAGACGGUGCCGUUGCAUAUGUAUUCAUGGAAAGGACUUAGUUUUUUUACAAGCACAGUGGGGACUCCAGAUCGAUUGCAUCCGGAAACCAUAGCAUGCACUAAUCUAGAAGAAGCCAAGAUCUUUGUCAACGUGGAUGUAUCAAAAGAGUUGCCGAAAGAGAUUGAGUUUACAAAAGAUGGGAAGGAAUUUACAAUUGUUUAUCAUUAUCCUUGGCUUACAGCAAGGUGUAAUUUGUGUGAUAAAUGGGGUCAUACCGACAAGGUAUGUAGGAAGAAUGGGAAAAAGGAAGAAACCAAAUGA